AUGUUGCCUGCAGCCAUCUGGAUCUCCAUGGUGGGACUCGCCAUCAGCAGACCCUCUCUGAAUUACGUGGAAAGCGAGCCUGAAGAAGUGCGUUCAGAGGCGAUUAAAAGGCUUCUGGAGGUGUUUGGGAUGGACGACCCUCCCGCAGCUUUGGUUCGGGGGCACAAAGAGCCUCCUCAGUACAUGCUGGACCUUUAUAACACCGUCGCGGAUGUGGAUGGAGUCACCAAAGACCCAACGCUCCUGGAGGGAAACACGGUCCGAAGUUUCUUCGAUAAACUGCACAGUGAACAAAUUGAGUUUCUCUUCAACCUGUCUACGGUUGCCAAAAGCGAGAAGAUCCUCACAGCCGAACUCCAUAUUUUUAAGCUCAGACCACAAGCAUCACUAACUUUCAACAGACAUCACUUCUGUCAGGUCAGUGUGUAUCAGGUUCUUGAUAGCAACAAAAAGAACGUCUCACAAGGGAAGAAGCUGCUCUCAUCCAGGCUGGUCCCCAUCCACUCCACUGGCUGGGAAGUUUUUACCAUUACUCAAGCUGUGAAAUCUUGGAUGUCAGAUGAGGGCAGUAAUUUCGGUCUCCUGGUCACGGUGAGGACUCUGGCAGGCCUUCAGGUUGACCUGAAAACUGUGCGUUUCUCAUCAGGCCGUCAUCACCACCACAGCAAACAGCCGAUGCUGGUUCUCUUCACCGAUGACGGUAGACGAGCAGCGUCUCUGGAGGGCACCUCUAAAGGUGCAGAUGAUUCUCGUGCUGGUCCCAGUCUUCCGUUUCCAAGUCUUCCUCUGCCACCAGCCAACCGCCGUAUCGCUCGUUCCUCCGAUGAUGAUGAAAGUGGAGAGAAGAUACCAUGCCAGCGUCAGCCUCUCUACGUCGACUUUGAGGAGAUCGGUUGGUCCGGGUGGAUCGUAUCUCCUCGUGGCUACAACGCCUACCACUGCAAAGGUUCCUGUCCAUUCCCCCUGGGCCAGAACAUGAGACCAACUAACCAUGCCACCGUGCAGUCUAUAAUCAAUGCCCUCAAGCUGACCAAGGGCAUCGAGAUGCCUUGUUGUGUACCAGACAAACUCUUCAGUAUCAACUUGCUGUACUUUGAUGAUGACGAGAACGUUGUGUUGAAACAGUAUGAUGAUAUGGUAGCAGGUAGCUGCGGGUGCCAUUGA